AUGUCGUUCAAUAACUUCGACACACUCCCUCACGGCGCAUCGAAAUCCAUCAAGCCAUUCAAAGUCGACAUCCCACAACAAGACCUCGACAGUCUCACCACACUCCUAAAACUAUCCCCCCUUCCACCUCCCACAUACGAGAACUCCCUGCCCGAAGGAGGAGAACCUCGCCUCGGUGUCCGCCGCGACUGGCUCUCGACGGCAAAAAGGUACUGGGAAACGGAAUUCGACUGGCGAAAAUGCGAAAAGCAUAUAAAUUCCUUCCCACACUUCAAAGCACCCAUCUCCAUUCCCAUCCACGCUGCUGAUGACAACGAGCUGGGCGACCGCGGCCGCGACCGGGGCAAUAGGGGCGACUCCGAGUUCGAAAUCCAUUUCGUCGCCCUCUUCUCUCAACGACACGAUGCCAUCCCCAUACUCCUCCUACACGGCUGGCCCGGCAGCUUUCUCGACUCCUCCCGAUCCUCGACCAUCUCCGUUCGCAGUACACACCCGGGACACUACCACAAAAACUUCCGCCCAGACGACGCCGCGCGGGUCUUCGACACACUCGCCGCCACCACGCUGGGCUUCAAGUCGUACAUGGUCCAAGGCGGCGACCUGGGCGGACGCAUUGCUCGGAUCAUCGCAGCGACCUACCCUAGUUGCAAAGCCGUCCAUCUGAAUACGCACCCCAUGCCCGCUCCCGCUCCCGAUGAGCUGAAAGAACGAAGUCCAAUCACCGACACCGAACAAGCCGGCCUCGAAAGGCACGCGUUCUUCCUACACAACGGCACAGCCUACGCCUUCGAGCACGCCACCCGGCCCGCGACCAUCGGCGCCGUCCUCUCAAGCAGCCCGCUCGCCCUCCUAUCCUGGAUCGGCGAGAAAUUCCUCGAUUGGACAGACGAACCUCACCCGCCGCUGGACGUCAUUCUCGAAUCCGUCACGCUGUACUGGCUGACGAACUGCGCCGCCACGAGUCUAUACUCGUACCGUGCAUUUUACGGGCCCAACGCGGAUAGUCACGGCUCGAAGAAAUGGCACAUCUUCGACAAAUCGCUCGGUUACUCGUGGUUUCCUAAGGAGCUAAACCCAAUCCCGCGCGCAUGGAUCGAGACGACCGGCUAUCUUGUGUUUUAUAGGCAGCAUGAGAAGGGAGGGCAUUUUGCGGCGCUGGAGAGGCCGGAGGAGCUGUGGGCGGAUAUUGACGAGUUUGCGCAGAGUGUGAAAGACGUGUUUCAAAAGUGAUUGACUGAUCACCCGCGGGUGUUGUGGGAACUAGGAGAUUUGACAAGCAAGAUACUAGGUAGCUAAUUUACU